GGCUCUGACUGUCCUGUAUUGAUGAUGUCAUCUGUAGUCGUCGACUGAAAAUACGCAACACCAUAACAGGCUGAUUUCUCAGCGCACGUUGGAACUACCAGCUUUGUUAAACAUUUUAACUCACAAGCUUGAUUUUACAAAGCCAUACAUAAUGGCACUAGAGACGUGUCCUAAGGAUUUACGCCAUUUGCGGGCUUGCCUUUUGUGCUCCCUUGUGAAGACGAUUGACCAGUUUGAGUAUGACGGUUGCGACAACUGCGAGGCCUACCUACAGAUGAAAGGGAAUCGAGAAAUGGUUUACGAGUGCACAAGUUCAUCUUUUGACGGAGUCGUAGCGAUGAUGAGUCCUGAGGACAGUUGGGUUGCCAAAUGGCAGAGAAUCAGCAACUUUAAACCAGGAGUCUACGCAGUUACCGUGACUGGUCGCUUACCUCCAGGUGUGGUAAGAGAGCUGAAAAGCAGAGGAGUGAUCUACAAAUCAAGAGAUACUGCAGUGAAAACAUAGCUGAAGCACCAUUGCAUUUUAUACCAACCAGUCCAUGGCAAAUACAACAGGGACACUUGUACAUUGUUUACUUUACUUUUAAGACUACGAUGGAUGAUAUCACAUCAGAAUCUAUUUUUCAGAAGAAAAUCCUCCAAUGUCACCUAAGUUGUGUGAAUGUACACGUCUAGUCUUUAUUUACCCAGUGUUACAGUCCUAUUGAUAUUUGAUGGGGAGAUUAAUGUUGACAUGUUUGAGAACAAGGUCAAUAUUGAAAUCCAAGUGAUUUUUAUGUUAUGUUUUUUCCCUUUCUUUUUAAAUUUGUAAAUGCCCUGCGUAGUAAAAGCCUAAACACAUUUCUUGUGUAUUUUCUGUGAUGCCUAAACCUGAAACAUUUGCUGCUUUCAAACCUAUGACCAACAGAUGGCAAUGAAAAUACACAAAUUGGCAGAUCACAAUAAAUGGGCACAUUUACCAUUGAGAAUAGAAAAUAGACCUGUGUAGUGUAGUCCAUUUUUGUUUGUGUGAGUGGAGAGUAGUUUGUAUUGUACCUCCUAAAUACAUCUGACGGACCAAUAAUUGCCAUGUUUUGAAAUAAAGACUCAACUGGA